GGAGCUGCACGCGGAUUUGCAUGAAGCGGAGACUGGAGCUGGCGGCGCGCGGGGCGGGGGGACCUGCGCGCCCGGGGAGCGGAGCCGGGCUGGGGGUUGGACUUUCCUGCCCGGAGGCGGCACCCAAACAGCCACCCCGUGCGGAAACCCAAACUUUCUGCUGCCACUCGGUGCCUUGCGGCCGCCGCCUCCGCCCCGCGCCUGGGGCCUGCCCGACCCGGCCCGCGCCUUCGCCUCCGCCUCCGCCUUCGCCCGGAGCCGCCGGGGCCGCGCGCCGCAGCCUGCAAAGUUAGCUGGAGUUGGGGCGAAGUUUGGGGCGCGCGGCCAGGCCGGGCCGGGCUCCCUGCCGCCGCGCGCGCCCUCCCCAGCCAUGUCGUCCAUCCUGCCCUUCACCCCCCCGAUCGUGAAGCGCCUGCUGGGCUGGAAGAAGGGCGAGCAGAACGGGCAGGAGGAGAAGUGGUGCGAGAAGGCGGUCAAGAGCCUGGUGAAGAAAUUGAAGAAGACGGGGCAGCUGGACGAGCUGGAGAAGGCGAUCACCACGCAGAGCGCCAACACCAAGUGCAUCACCAUCCCCAGGUCCCUGGAUGGUCGCCUGCAGGUGUCCCAUCGCAAGGGGCUCCCUCAUGUCAUCUACUGCCGCCUGUGGCGAUGGCCAGACCUGCACAGCCACCACGAGCUGCGGGCCAUGGAGCUGUGUGAGUUCGCCUUCAACAUGAAGAAGGAUGAGGUGUGCGUGAACCCUUACCACUACCAGAGGGUGGAGACACCAGUUCUACCUCCUGUGCUGGUGCCACGCCAUACAGAGAUCCCGGCCGAGUUCCCCCCGCUGGAGGACUACACCCAUUCCAUCCCCGAGAACACUAACUUUCCUGCUGGCAUCGAGCCCCAGAGCAAUAUUCCAGAGACCCCACCCCCUGGCUACCUAAGCGAAGAUGGAGAAACCAGUGACCACCAGAUGAACCACAGCAUGGACGCAGGUUCUCCGAACCUCUCCCCGAAUCCGAUGUCCCCAGCACACAGUAACUUGGACCUGCAGCCUGUCACCUACUGCGAGCCAGCCUUCUGGUGCUCCAUCUCCUACUACGAGCUGAACCAGCGCGUCGGGGAGACCUUCCACGCCUCACAGCCGUCCAUGACAGUGGAUGGCUUCACCGACCCCUCCAACUCGGAGCGCUUCUGCCUCGGCCUGCUGUCCAACGUGAACAGGAACGCGGCGGUGGAGCUGACGCGGAGGCACAUCGGGAGAGGCGUGCGGCUCUACUACAUCGGCGGCGAGGUCUUUGCAGAGUGCCUCAGUGACAGUGCUAUUUUUGUCCAGUCUCCCAACUGUAACCAGCGCUAUGGCUGGCACCCCGCCACCGUCUGUAAGAUCCCCCCAGGAUGCAACCUAAAGAUCUUCAACAACCAGGAGUUUGCCGCGCUGCUGGCUCAGUCUGUGAACCAGGGCUUUGAGGCUGUCUACCAGCUGACACGCAUGUGCACCAUCCGCAUGAGCUUCGUCAAAGGCUGGGGGGCCGAGUACAGAAGACAGACAGUCACCAGCACCCCCUGCUGGAUUGAGCUGCACCUGAAUGGGCCUUUGCAGUGGCUGGACAAGGUCCUCACACAGAUGGGCUCCCCCAGCAUCCGCUGCUCCAGUGUGUCUUAGAGGCCACGGAGGUGCUGGGGGCGGCAGGUUCGGUUGGGCACAGCAGCCAGGAAGGAGACAGAGAUCAGAACUCUAGUCAACCUACUCAUGGCCAGGAAGAAGUUAUUUUUCUCCCUUAACAUGACACCAGCCUAUUCUCAUAAAACACAGAAGCAAGCCCAGAGACGGGUUUUACGAACAGAGAUGUCCGCUGAAUCCGUGUGCCCUCUGCCCCCGUCUGAAGGACAAGAAAUGGCUUCCACUCUGGUGGUGUGAGUGAAUAGCUAGUGUUUAACUGCCUGGCCUCCGCCAAGCCUCCUUGUCUAAGGACAGCAGUCUGGACUGCUGGAGUCCAGUGGUACCACCUCUGUCCAGGACUGGGGUGUGGAAUCCACCUUGGAAGCAAGACUCUGGCACUUCUGACCGACACAAGCCUCCUUCAUGUGUCUUUCUGGCCAAGUCCUUCCACGUGGGCAGUGUGGGUGAUCCUGGAAGCCCUUCUGGCUCUCCUUUCUCCACACACACUGCUGGGUGUGACAGAUGUGUCCAGCAGCAUGUGGUAUGGCCGUCUCUUCCGUGGACGCUCUCUGUUCUUUCUCACCUGGAGCAGCUGGGAGGCUGUGAGGCUCACCGUGUAAGCAGAUGCCUAUCACAUUGAUCUCGAAGAGAUUCGAAUGAUGUUACGUGUUGCCAAGAGGCAAGGACUGAGCAACAGUGCUGAGGGCAGCUGUGUUGGUUGAGUAGUUGGUUACAUUAAGUAAGUCAGUCUUACCAUAUGCUCUUCUAAAAAUGUGCUAUUAAAAGAACGUCCUGGGCAGGUGCAUUGACUGGGGAACCAGAGCAACACUCGGCACAUAGCUGCUUCCUCCGCCCCCCCAAGGUGAAGCUCUGCCAGGCUUUGUGGAGGAGCCACCUGCCGGCGCUUUGGGAUGCUGGAUUUUACAGAAGCAAAUGCACCAGAAGGGAAACAUCUCUGGCCAACAUAGGCAUAUCAAAGGGCUAUUAAAAUUGUUUUUAUACCUUUGAAAAUUGCAGGCUUGGUGCAGAGAGGUCUGUCAUCUCCAUCCUGGGAUGGAAGAUUAUCUAGCUCACCAUGGAGGACCAUCAGCAACAGCCACUGCAGUGAUGCCCUGUAAUAAGAACUGCUCCCAGUGGCAAUGAGGGAGAAAACUAGUGUAAAUUAUUUCAACUGGAAAAAAAAAUGGAAAAAGAGCCCUAUCUUUUACUGGCCUUUUGCAGAAUACAGCCGACAGGAUUGACACCUGCAACUGGUACUUUAUUCUUCAUUGCUUUUUUUCCCUUUUAAUGAAAUGUCUCACAUUUUUGCAUGGAUUUAUACCAGAAAAAUAAAAGGAUUUCCUAUGGAAGUCCUGUCUUAUUCCAGGUGAAGGGAAGAAAGAGUAACUUUUGGCAGGUUCUGAACCUCGAAUGUGAUGAAAUUUCUGAUACAUGAUGCACACUUGGGGCACUUGCUGGUGCCCCACCUGCAGGAUCCUGUGCCCCAUGGCUGGAGCCUUGAGAUUUACAGAGGAGUACUGCCCCCUAAGCCUCCCAAGGACACAAGAAGAGAAGGAAGAAGCACCUUGGUAAGAGCUAUGCGGAUCUUCCUGUGGGAUAUUGACCCAGAAUCCAGCGAGGAUACAACACUCCCCACUUCCUCUGAAGAUCCGUGAACUGCUGCUUGCAAACACAGGAAGCUGAGGCUCCUGCUUGUACAUUCAUGUUUCUGGUCAGUUCUGGCACCAGGACAAGACUAUUCCAUUUGAGCUUCUGUGGCGAGGAUCAUGGCCCCUCUCCUGAAAGCCAUGGGCAGUGGUCUCGGAGGGCCUGCGUUCCCCACCUGCUGUGUGAUCUAAAGGCUUCCUGGGUGUGGGGUUAUCCUGGAGGCACUCAGAAUCCAGCUUCAGGGACAGCCUGAGCCCAGAGGUCCUGGGCUCACGGUCGGCUGUAUUUGAAUGAUGUCAGAACUCAGUGUCCAGAUCUAAUGGUUGCUUCUAGGAGGCAUGAAGUUUGGAUUCUGUGUUUUUCCAAAGGCUGUUUCCUUGGCUCUUUCUUGUUACAGACCACCGGAGGAGGACAUACGAGGAAAUCAUCACUGACACUGAGCAUGGGCAUAGAGGGUGGCCAGGGGCACAGAGCUCAUCACACAGCAUAACAGAGGUCCUUCGGGCAUGUGUAAUUAGUGUUCUUUCUAAGCCACAAAAAGCUAGUUUUCUUAGUUUUAAAUCCUGUUGUACAAAUGGCAUUUAUACAUUUAAAAACUUUAAGGGUGGCUAUUGACAACAGUUUUAAGUACAGUUCUCUUAGGCCACAUGACUACCUGUGCUGGCCUGGCCCUGGGGCAGAGGUCCCUGGCUUUGUCUCCGAAGAGCCAGCAUCCAGUCCUUGUCCUCCUGCACUCCCCAGUUCACCACUUUGUUUCGUAAGGCCGAUAAUGGCAGCGCAUGCGGGAAGCUGCCGGCUGGGCUGGGUCACGGGCCUAUGCCAGGGUCACCUGGCUGGCAUUGAGAGAGGAGCCAGAGGCAAGAGCAGGACCUCUGGCUCUUAGGAAGAACCCACACGGGCAACACUGCUGGCAGACCUCUCCAUUGUCCUGAUGCUAUGUUGUACUUUUUUUUUUUAACUGACCAUGGUGAUUAUUUUUUUUAAAUUGUUAAUGUAUUGAAAUGAGCUGUAGCACAGAUCAUGUGCUUAGUUUGUUUUGUUUUUCUGUCUCCUCCUUGGCUUCCUAGAGCUUGGACGUAUUCCAGGACUAAACGCUCUAACCCAAACCACAGAACAGAGUUUUCUGUAAGCAGCAUGUGCUUGUCAGGCGCAGACAGGAGACUUGGGGGAGACGGCAGGCACUUGGUUUCCUUCCCAGCCUCACGCCGCUCCUGGUGCUGCGGUUUACUGUGGGGGGCAGCUCUGGAGGCAGCACAGGCUUAGCCCUGCACCCGCUUUAUCAUGUGGUGUUACGUGGUUAGAGCUGGGACUUUCCCCCAAACCUCUGUGCAUCUCCUCUUUACAAGAAAACCGGACACAGCCAAGUGGUACCAUUUUCCUUCAUGUGGCAUUGACAUCCCCUCAUGUAAAUCUUGGCGGCCUCUCUCCCUCCGGGCCCAUCUCAAGCAGGUGGAGAGCAGAAAGAUAUUCGCUGCAGGGUGUGGGUCACACAGCUAGGCAUGCAUGACAGCCCUGAUGGGGAGGUGUCAGCCUGCGACCCCAGGGACCCUCAGGAACACAGCUUUCAUAGGAAGGAAACUUGCAAUUCAUGUAACUGGAUUGAGAAAUUCUAAGUGAUUCUGUCAUUGAUUUUUUUUUUUAAAUGCAGAAGUAAUGCAUUGUUUCUAUAUUUAUGUAAUAAUUUCUUAAAACUUUUCAGACAGAUAACUAAUUUUUUAAAAAUACAUUUGGAAAGGCAUCUCCUGUGGACAGCAGCUGGAAGAGGUGGGCCAGUUCUCAGCCUCAGUGGAGGCCGUAGUGGCUUUUCCAGUUCAGCAUCAGAGGCAGCGAGCCGGGCUGGCUGAGCAAGCAGCAGCUCCAAGUCAGAUCCCGGCCCUUUGCUAGGGGUAACAAUCUCCUCUGGAGCUGCGGAGCCAUGGCUGUCGAGAAGCCUGCCCUCAGCCUCAGUGCCCGGCGCCAGCCCUGUGCAGCCUUGUCCUGGUGUGUAGGGAGGGGCGGGCACAGGCCAGAGCAUGCCGACUCCCUGCGCUACGCAGCCAGCCUUUUACUCUGUAAAAAGCAUGUAUGUAUUUAUAGUGUUUUAGACUUUUCUAACUUUUAUAUCUUAAAAGCAGCGCACCUGUUUAAGUAUUGUACCCCCCCCACACUUGUUAAAGAUGAUUCAUGUCGUCUCUUCCCUUCUUCUGCUCUUGUAAGUGUCCUUCUAAUAAACUUUUCAUUGAAAAGCUCCUA